UUUCCGCGUGCUCGCACACGUAACGGUUUUUUUGGUGUGUGUUGAGUUCAUUCCGUCUGUGAGGAAAGGAUUUGAGGGAUUAAUUGUAACGGGGCUUCGCAGAUUUUGGGGAUUUUCCGGAUAUGGAAAGGCCAGGGAAAUCCAUGUGCAGUGAAUGCUAGACGACCUAGUGAACGUUAAAGCGGGCGGCCGGACCGAUUGGCAUGAGAUAGUACGAGUACGCGGUACUUUAACCGGAUCAGGAUCAGGAAGGCCACGGUUGAAGAAUAAUUUUCCGGUUGAUUAGUUAAAUUCUCAUUGGUUUCAUCCGUUUUUCCGUUUCCUCAAAUUUCGCUUUUCUGGGUUCGAAGCUUCCUAACAGUUUGGUAUUGGAAGUGAAUUGUGCUGUAGUGUCUGCCGGAAACAGAGUGAGGUCCUUAUCCCAAUGAGGGUCACCAGUCAAAAUUAACGGUUCACAUGAGACCAAGAGUACGCAAAGUAUUUACAGUUAUUGAACACCACAAAAAACGCGAGUUAUGUGAGGCUUUAGCCAAGGAUCAAAAGGAUUUCCACUUGCAUUACAUAAUUUUAAUAUGAGUAGAAUGUAUCGAGUGCAUUAUGGCAAUGCGGAUGAUGGUAAUGACGGUCCAAAAAAUGUUGCACGAGGCGAUGACGUAAAUGGUGAAUGAUGGUGUGUUUUAGGGUCAGACGCCGCCACCGGUUGUGAUGUAAUAUGCGAAUAUGACGACAAUAGUGCGUUUUUCGGCAAGUGAUAGCAAAAUGAGAAUUUGUCCUUACAAACGGUUUGGCCGAUCUGAAAACAGGGAUUCGAGAAGGUUUGUGAAGGAAGGUGGCAUUCAGUGGAACUGCACGGUGCGAAACCUUGGAUAAUUUGAAUACGCUCGAAGGGUGCAGUGCGACCAUGUGUGCCGGAAAUUGUGGUGAGUGUGGCCAAGCACUCGGUUCAAUCACUUUACAGGAAAUUGUUACUCUCAUUGGAUAGUGAUAGUUGUCGGAGUGGAGUUGUGAAAAGACGGAAGUGCUUAACUGUUGGUGCGGUGAAAAUUAAUUGUGGUGCUUCGGGAACGGUAGCCAGGAACAGAUACUACUUGAAGCUCGGCCAAGCUGGGCACAUAUCGUCGGCUGUAUCCAAGAUUUAUGGAAUUAGUAGCUAUUUUUGGAUUUAAUCAUAAACUUGAGAUAAGUGGACAACAAUCAUCACAAUGGACUGGACAUCACGAGAUUUCAUAUUUAUAUUUACAAAAAUUUCAUCGACUCAAAUAAUGUGGUUGCCCAUUUGAGACAUGCUACAGUGAAUGUCCCCGCAGAAUGGUAACGGUUAGUAAGCGGGUCCUCAUUAGAUAGAGGGCUUCCACGUGACAGGACGGCGGGGCGGUAGAAGGUGUGCUGGGGACAAGGUCGUGCAGCAGAAGAGGACCUAACCGACACAGGAAGGAAUUGAUUCGGCAUGCACCAGAAUUUUAACGAAUUUUUCAGUGUAAAUAAUUCAAUAAUUUACGUUUUGUAGCCGUUCAUGCUAAUUUAUCGCUUGUUUCUUUUCCGCCACGAGCACGCAGUAAAUCAACCGCACACAAAACUUUUUAAACAAAACCAAAUAAUUAUCGAAAUUUAAUAGAACAAUCAGAGACGAAACUAAGUUCAAAUUUUUGUGUAAUCCCGAAAUGCACGGAAUGCUAAAAACAAAUUAAAUUGAUUUCAUUUAAUCAAAAGUGGAGUUGGACCCACUUCGAAUGCUCGGAGUAAUAUUCGAAAUUGCAAGUUUUUGUUGAAAUUGAGAACCGACACUUUGCUAAUGUUGCUUGCGUAGCCUGCAUAAGCUAGAAUGGUGCUUGUAGAAUGCCUUUUUAUUCAAAUUUUCAAAUGUGCACUAUGUAAUCGAUAAGUCGAAGGACAUGAGCGACGCAGCGGACGCACGAAAACUCAAAAUCGUCAACGUAAAUGGAUUGGCAACUGAGCAUUUGUGCCAUUUGACUUAGCACGCUCGUUGAUGCAUGCUUUCUUUUUUGAAGUGAAAUGUUAGUGCUAUUAGAUGGUGUUCGAUACUUUCUUCUCUAUGAUUAUUUCUCAAAUGAAGGACCUUUUUUUCGGGUGUUAAAGACGAAGCAAUCAGUAACGCGAGUCAAAGACAGGAGCUCACGAUAAUUGCUCCCCAAGCAAGGUAGUAGCCCACGUGAGCUAUACAGGACUAAGAGUUUCAUCAACGAAUAUACACACACUUACAAAUAUCAUUUCCGAAAGAUACUCGUAUACUCGUACUUUCUUGAAGCUCAAACGAAUAGCGAAAACUUGAUUUUAUUUAGUUCCUUUAUCAUUUCCUCGAAAAUAAAUGUUUAAAGAACCUGUUAGACGUGGUAGUUUGAGAUCCCUACGAAGUGCCCCAUUGCUUAGCGCUGUCUUGGAAAGUACCUUAUCUUUGACACGUAUCCAUCCGAUUACUUCAUUGGAGUUACCUGGCGUAGAAUUUGAUGUCGAGUCGUUGAACAGCCCGCAACUACGGAGUGCCGUUGGCGGUUCGACGCAAGAACAACUAAUGGGCAGAGUUGGUCCAUCAUCCAUACGACGAUCGGAACACAAACGUAGCAUUCAACACAAACGAGCACUCUCUCGUAAAAUCAAACCUCAUUUAGUUGCCGAAGGAGUCAAGUCAUACAUAGAUCGGGCUCAACGGGCCCAAGCUCAAGCACAAAGCAAACAGCCUAACAUGGAGUUUUUACGUGGCGUCUAUGCGUUUAUGCAAGUGAGUAGAUCAUCGCCCAAUGCAUAUGUCAAUCAUAUUAAAAUCGAUUCACCUGUAUUUCGAUUGCAUACGAACGCAACUGUAAUAUUGUUGAUAACAUUCUCAAUAGCUGUAACAACUCGUCAAUACGUUGGCAACCCUAUCGAUUGUGUUCAUACAAGGGAUAUACCGGAAGAUGUUCUUAAUACGUACUGUUGGAUACACUCGACGUACACAGUCGUCGAUGCAUUCAUGAAAAAGCAGGGCGCCGAGGUUCCAUUUCCCGGCGUCCACAACUCACAAGGUCGCGGCCCACUGACAAUAAAGCACACAAAAUACUACCAAUGGGUCGCGUUCACACUAUUCUUUCAGGCAAUUUUAUUUUAUACGCCACGAUGGUUAUGGAAAUCAUGGGAGGGUGGAAAAAUUCAUGCCUUGAUAAUGGAUCUCGAUGUAGGAAUAUGUUCAGAAGCUGAGAAAAAACAAAAAAAGAAAUUAUUAUUAGACUACCUAUGGGAUAAUCUAAGAUAUCACAAUUGGUGGGCGUAUCGUUACUACAUUUGUGAAUUAUUAUCGCUAAUUAACGUGAUAGGUCAAAUGUUUUUAAUGAAUAAAUUUUUUGAUGGAGAAUUUUUGAGAUUUGGUUUAGAAGUAAUCGCCUACAUGGACGCAGACCAAGAGGAUCGAAUGGAUCCAAUGAUCUAUAUAUUUCCUAGAAUGACUAAGUGUACAUUUUUUAAAUAUGGCUCCAGUGGAGAGGUGGAAAAACAUGACGCGAUAUGUAUUCUGCCAUUAAAUGUUGUUAACGAAAAAAUUUAUAUAUUUCUUUGGUUCUGGUUCAUAUUGUUAUCAUUUUUAACGACUCUAACACUUAUAUACAGGGUGAUUAUCAUAUUUUCACCUCGAAUGAGGGUGUAUUUAUUUCGUUUGCGAUUUAGGUUAGUGCGUCGAGAUUCAAUAGAAACGAUUGUUCGUCGUUCGAAGAUGGGCGAUUGGUUUUUAUUAUAUCUGUUAGGUGAAAAUAUAGAUACAGUCAUAUUUCGUGAUGUUGUACAGGAAUUAGGUAAUCGUUUAGGCCAUAACCAACAUCAUCGAGUGCCUGGUAUAAAAGGAGACGUGCAGGAUGCAUGAUAUUGGGAGUACUAGAACUAAACCAAAUAUAUACAUGUGUAAAAAUCAAGUGUAGUUAUUAAUAAUACAUUGUAAUUAUUAAUUAAAAUAUUAUUAUAAAUCAUAAAACAACGAAAGACCGAAAAAAUAUGUCAUAAAAAAAAUUCGAAAGCGAAAAAUCACAUUUUAGUGCAUUUAUUUCCAAUAAAAAGAAAAUAAGAACAAAAAAAUUAAACAAAGGAAACACGUAAUGAGUUAUAAAAAUUUUUAGUGUUCAAAUUUUUUUCUAAGGAAAACUUGAUAAACAGUAAGGAAUUCUAGUAGCGAAACUUUUAUACAAAAACAACUAAUUGAAGCGAAAAUCGAAAAACAAGUUAGUUUAGACGACUAGAAUAGCAAUACUAACAAAAUACGAUAAUUAAUAUUACAAUGAACCAUUUAAGACAAUUUUUAAUAAAUAAAUAAAAACCAAGAACUUAUGAAUAGAAAAUCGAGAAAAUAAUUAGCCGAGGUUGAACCGAGUCGAGAAAAUGUAAAAACUAAAGCGAAAAUACACACAAAUUAUAUGAAUGAACCUAGAAUCGUCACUGUCGAAAAUCGAGACACUACUAGUAAUACAAGUAGCAACACCUUACGUAUAUACAUACACAAAUAUCAUCCACAUAACGUAGAAUGAUAAUUAUUGUAACAAUAAACACGUUCUUACAAGAAAAAUAGAUAUUAUAGGGAUUUCCGUCCAAGGGAAUUGAAAUACACAAAAUAAGCAUUUCUGCCAUUAUUUUCGAAAUUAUCUCUUUAUAUGCAUUCUCCCCAGCUUAGUAUUUAUUUAAUGUCAUCGUUGUGAGAUUUAUUUAUUAUUUAUUUUUUAUAUCAAGCGGAUCUUCCAGCGAGUUUAAAUUAUAGUCAAAUGCAGGAAUGAGUAUCAUAAACGACGAAUGCAUCAAUUAGAUGCUCGCUUCAUUUACCUUUGAUACUUGUUCAAAUAUUAUUUAUUUUUUAUUUAUUUUAUGUGAACCAAAUAUGUAUAAAAUGUCAAUAAAUUUCAAAAUUCAACCAACAAGGAAUAUAUUUUCGCAGCGAUAUUUUUGGGACCAGUGCUGUUACUUUAGCUUUUCUGUGUGGAAGUGGAAGUGUUGGGAAUGAACGCGCUUUUGAGACAAAGUAAAGUAUGAUAACACAAAAAAUGGAAAACAAAAUGUCAUCUAUCGAGAAAUCAAAAUUCACUCACCGAAAUAGAAUAAUAUUUCGAACGCAAAUGGUCUUCACCGACUAAUGACCUGGCCUGACACUUGAAGUGAUACUACAAGCGAGAGUGAUUGCGGCUAAGUGUUGAGCAGUUCUUCAUGGAAUAUGUGUAUAUUCUGCCUCAUAGCUUUUAUAGUUCCUUCUGAUUAAUUUCGUAUCUUGUAUAAUUACUAUGGUUUCAGGACUUAAUUUUCUUAUUUAUAAGAGCCCUCAUAAUUUCAUGCCUCGGUAGCUCCGUAGUUAUUCAAUUUUCUAUAACUUCUCUGAGGCAUAAAAUUCAUCUUGCUACGAUUUGCUAGCAACUUUUUAGUCAUUUGAUAUCAAGCUUUAGUUCUACAACUUCUUCAAUGAAUUUUCAAAAACUUUCAUUUAUAAGUAAGAUAGUGAGCUUUGCAUUUGUUAUCUUUUCCACACAUCUUCAAACCAAAUAGGGAAAUCUAGCAAAAGUUAUGCAGUAUUCAAUGCCAAGAUUUUUUAAAGCAAAAUUUACCAAGCCAAUUUGUGGAUAAAAAGCUGAACUCAAUAAUCUACCUCUCAAAUUCCUAAAUCGAAUUGGCCAGUUUUCAAGCUAUGCAUUUUUGUCUAAAUGGUCAAAACUGGCGUUCUUUAUCCACGAUACCUCUACCAAGCCUUGACUAGAACAGUUGCAAUUGUAGAUGGCAAAUCUGUAAAAUGUUCUCGCCUCUCAAUUAACGGAAAAUUUUAGCAAUCACUGCCAAUUUUAAGUUAACUCUAGGAACUUUGCAGGUAGUACAAUGGACUUCUUGUGGAUUAGUUCCUCCAAACUCCAGUUCACCUUAUUUUUAUCUCCCAUCAUCUUGUUAGUCCGUUUGCCUAAUCAUUUCAGUGUAGUUCUUAUGUUCUGGAACCUUGUGAAGUGAGCCGGCUGCCAAGAUUGGCGAAAGCUUUAAUGAUUGCUUGAUUAAUACCGCGAAUGUCAUCAUAUUUCGUUGUUCAGCAUUCAAAAAUCUUACAAAAUUUACGAAUUUAUAUCUGAUUGAAAUACACUGACUUAAUCAACAAAAUGUUUCCCAUUAAAUCUAUUCAGAUAAUUUUAAUAUUUGAUGAUUCUCCUUUUUAUCAUUGGUCGGUCCUGGCUUUUCUACAAUCCGGUCCAAGUGUCACCUAAAAGAUAUGAAUUUGGAUAUGUUACUAUAAGUGUAAUGCUUUCGUGUCUUUUGUAACCAUGCUACUUAGCGUUAAUAGUAUCUAUACCUCCUUUUCUUUGAAGUUAGGUAUCC